AUGCCUAUCGACUUCCAAACUGCAGUCAGUCAGGAGGAGCAGCGCCUGCGGGAACUGCACCCAACCGUGGACCACAACCCUGGGUGUGUGAGUCUGCUGGACGGUUUUUUGAUGUGUCAUGUUCUAAACGCUCAAUUCAAAUCUCUGUACAGAUACGGGCGUAUGUCGGAAUGCGGUGAUAAACUCGAAGCUUUCAAGUUUUGCUUGAGCCUCAAGUCGAUGCAUCCAGAACAGAAGAGGGACGCUUGGAUCCGUCGUCGAGCAGAGGAAUGGGCUUCCAAGCGUCUGGGAAAGAGCAGCGAAAAUAUCUGGGAAAUGCGAGCUGAACCACUGCAAAAUUGGCCACCCACACUCCCGGAC